AUGAUAGAGGGGAUUGUCAUGGAUCUUGUGGCGGUGAGGAUCGUGGUUUCUGUUGUCGGUGUUGUGGGAAACACCAUAUUGAUCACGUCCAUCCUGAAACUGGCACAUGUCAAGACUUUUGAAAUGGUUCUUCUUGCGCUGGCGAUCGUGAAUCUGGAGGAGAUCGUGAUCGUGAAUGUUUACGAUGUUUUGCUCCGGCGGCUGUCGGUCAGGAUCAGUGUUUGGAGCUGCAGGCUCCUCAAGUUUUGCACCAUGUUUGGAGAGAUUGGCAGCAUUCUCUUUACGGUUGUCAUCAGCGUUUAUCGCUAUCAGAAGCUGCGAGACGUGCACACACGCGUCAACCUGCCCGUCUUCAUGGACAACAUGCGUCACGCAAUUGGCAUCUCUGCGUUCUGUGCCAUGUUGGCAUUGAUCUUCAGUGUGCCCGCGUUUCUCGUACGCCUGAACGAGGACAAGGGUAACUCCACUUAUCUCGGCUGUCCUGCUGAUUUCUUUCAGUGUUCACUGUCAAAGUGUCCGAUUCCCAAUCGUAUUUACAAGUACUCCUUUCUGCUGGUGUGUAACUUUUUGCCUCUGCUCGUAGUCACGCUGACGAGCUGUAUGAUUGUGAGGAUUCUGAUCAUUCAGCAGAAAGUGGUGAGAGCCCGACAGGAUCCGGGUGUGGUGGUGACGCAGCAGCAGCAGCGCUCCAGGAAACCCGGCUUUCAGCGCAGCACUCUGGCCAUUCUGGCAGCUAUGGUCCUCUUUCAGGUGAACUGGAGCAUUUAUUUGAUCCUGCACCUGGCGUCUAACCCACAAAGUAUUCCAUCUUGGUCAGAAAUUGAGUUCUUCAUAACCACAUUUUACACAGCAGUCAGCCCAUAUGUGUACGGUUUAGGUAAUUACCUUUUCAACAUUAAACGAUUCAUUCGUUGA